AUGGAAACUCAAAAAAGAGAAUGGAAAGCAUCGGCUGAAAUCGCAGUAAAACAAGGUUGGGGAAAGAAAGUGUUUCAAGGAAUUACCCAGCUAUGCACAGGAGCUCUUUUGGCACCUAUCGGAUCUAUAAUAGGAUAUAAUCUGGGAUUUAUCACAGGAGUAAGCGAAUUGAAGAAUCCGGUAGCAACUGGCAUAGAAUUUGCUGUGAAUGGAUGGUACGGAGGUGUAGAAGAAGCUGUAGUUAUGUCUCAUGGCUCUAUUCGAGACCUUUUUAAACUUGGACUCAAAUUAGGUAUUAAUUGUAAAGAAGAAGAUAAAGAAGCUCCACCUAUUUCUGAAGAAGCUGCUGGUGCUAUAAAAGGAAUUUACAGUGCAUUAGGUAAAGAAUACAUUCUCAAUAAAAAUAUUGUGAAUGAAAACUUUUUAGCCAUGUUUGAAAGCAAACUGGAAAAGUCAGCGUAUUCAAAAGAAAAUGAAGAAUUGGGCAAGAAAAUGAUGAGAAGCCAAUGAUCCAGAAAAAGCAGCAAUAAAUAAGCAUCUCAGUUGGGAUGAGCUUGAGAAAUUGAGAGAUAAAAUAAUAAGUGAGCAAUCUGUUUUAGUUUUCGAAGAAGGAUUUGAAGAGUUAUUUGAACAAACCUAUUUCAUGAAGCUAUACAUGAAAACUCCAAGAAUUAGCGAGUUGUCUGAGGUUAUUAAAGAUUUAUUCAAAGUAUUACAUCAUAAUACUCAUGAAUCUAUCAGAAAAUUUGCUGAAGAUAAUAAAAAUGAUCCUAUCAAGGCAAUCAUGCAUAUAUGGACUAGAUGGACCUCUGUUACACAACCAAUUAAUUAUGCUCUCAUGCUUGAUGGCUAUGCAACAUUUCACUGUGAUUAUAAUGAUAAAAAAUUUAUUGAGAAAGAUUUUAAAAUGAAGUACAAGCAUGACUAUAAGACCGUGAUAAAGCACACAAUCAAGUUUAUCAGAAUGGUAAACUAUUUUAUCGUGUCAAUAGCCACAAAGAAUAAUACUGAAGAUAGAACAACUUACAGAGGAGUCCCAGCUAAAAUAUUUAAAAACAUUGAAGUUGGCCAAAAAUUUAGAGUAAUGAAUUUUCAAUGCACUUCAGAUGAAAAUAAUAUCGCAGAUAGUUUUGCUUGCAAGGCAUCCUCUACAGAUGAAAAUUACACUUGAGUUGAAUACAAAAUUCCUAAAGGAUGCUAUAAUGCAGGAAUGAUUCGUGAAUAUGGCUUCCAGGUGUUCUCGAAUGAAAAAGAAACUUUGAUCCCUCCAUACACUUGUUGCAAACUAGUCAACAAAGACGGCAAUAAUAUGACAGUAGAGGUGACCUACGACAAUAAAUCUGAGAGUUUCACUUACUUCAGCUUCUAAAGUAUUCCUCUAGUCAUCCUCUUUAUUUU